CUUGGGGUCUCUUCCAACUCUAUGAUUUCAAAUUUAAAGGAGCCACCCAUGGUGCUGAGCCUAUUUGGGAUUUAGAGUUCUCCUCCUGUUCUCUUUUCCUGGAGCUUGCAUCCAUUGCUCCGGGUCUUAUUCUCUGGAGCAACAGAAAACAAGCUUUCUCCAUCCUCAACAUGACACCUCUUCAAAUACUUAAAUAGGGCUAUCAUGUCACCUCUUAAGCAACUCUUCUCCAAGCUGAACAUACCCAGCCCCUGCCUCCCUUCUAUAUUAUUCUUCACUUGUCUUGCUUUUUUAUUCCUUAUAGACUUCGCUUGACAAAGUAAAUGGGAUUUGUUUAAUUGUGUCACAUUGCUUUGGAGAACUUUAAAAAUCCUGAAGUAAACGUUAUCUGAAACGUGAUACAAACAAGUGUGUUGUGAAAUGGGGAAAAUAGUGGCCACUAUCUGGCAUCUUAAAUGCUGAGGUAAAGGGAAUAAUAAUAAUAAUAAUAAUAAUAAUAAUAAUAAUAAUAAUAAUAAUAAUAAUAAUAAUAUCUGGCCAGCACAGAGUGUAUGAGUGAUUUAGCCUCAGCCUGAGGGUCACUGUUAACCUUUCUGAGGCGAUUAUUUUAAUCAUUGUGUCAAGGCCUAUCUUUCACAACACACUUAUUUAGACAUUUUAUCUCAUGUUUGAGGCAAUUUUUACCUCAGGAUUUUUUAACUUCUCCACAGCAGAAAAUAAAUUAAAUCCAAUGUUCAAGCCCACAAAUGGAAGUAUAUAAAGAAUAUAUACUGAAUAUAUGUCUGAAACGUGACAUAAAAUGCCUAUAAACAAGUGUGUUGCCCCUAGCUCUAAGUCUUUGACAAAGCUCUGGAGCCAUAAUAAACUACAAUUCCCAGGGUUCCCUAGUUCUGGGUCUUUGACAGAGAGCUCUUGUGUCAUAAUAGACUACAAUUCCCAGGGUUCCCUAGCACUGAGCCUUCUCUGUUGGAGUAUAAUGAACUACAAUUCCCAGGGUUCUCUAGCAAACUGACUCAGUGAGUAAAAAAAAAAUCCUGUAGGCCUCUCCCCGGGCCUCGAUGACCUCUUCCCUUUCCUAGCUCUAGAAAGGCCCUCCUACAGACGGAGUUCCAACGAAAGGAACCAAUAGGGAUUCAGGAGGCGCGCCCACGUGAUUCCCUUCCUUGACUCCCUCCGCGCCAUCUUGGUUGCUGGCGUCAGUGACGUCAUAAUGCUGCGAGGUGCCCUGGCAGCUUUCGCCUUAGCCUUGGCUGCUGCCUGGUUCUGGGGCCACGGGUUCGAUCCCGGCCAGCGGCCUUUGGUCCUCCUCCUCAGCGCCGCCGAACUGAGCCUCUGCCGGGGCUCCGAGGAAGGAGAGAGGCUGCUCCUGGCGGUGCUGGGGCAGGUCUUCGACGUGGAGUCCGGGCGCCGCCAUUAUGGGCCUGGAGGGGCCUACAGCUCCUUGGCUGGUAAAGAUGCCUCCAGAGCCUUUGCGACUGGCGACUUCUCCCCGGCUGGCUUGGUGGACGAUGUUUCGGGACUCGCACCAUUGGAAAUGCUAACCAUCCAGAACUGGCUUUCCUUCUACCAUAAGAAUUAUGCGCCCGUUGGCAAGGUGGUUGGCCGGUUCUAUGACGAAAACGGGGCCCCGACCGAGUAUCUGCGGCAAGCCGAAGCUCUCAUGGCGGAAGGCCAGAGGCUCCAGGCCCAGGAGGAGGAUAAGAAGAAGCAGUUUCCACCUUGCAACUCGGAAUGGAGCUCAGCCGGGGGAAGCCGGGUCUGGUGUUCCAAGCAGAGCGGCGGAGUCCACCGAGACUGGAGCGGUGUUCCCAGGAAGCUUUAUGAACCUGGAUCCAGCCACAGCCACUGUGUGUGUGUGAAGGCGCAAGGUCAGCCAUCCUCCCCACAGAUGAGCCACCGAGGAGAGCUGGAAAAUCCUCUUCUGCAGGAGUAUGAAGGGUGCCACCCACUCGCCGAGUGGUGUGCCGUGAAAGAGUGAGCCACUUUCCGUCUUUCCUUCCUUCGCCGCGUGACUCUUGUGCCAUCGUGCUCCAGCAGGAUUCCUCUCCAAGCCACCAGAAAACGUGGUUCUAAGUGACUCGGUAAACCUUUGUUGGACAGUGGGUAUCGUUGUGCCCACCGCUCUGUCGCUGGGGUGGGACUCAUGUGGACCUCAUGGAUUUUUUUGUGGCCACAGUCGCUUCCCCCAGUAUGAUUUUUGUGGAAAGAGGAAGGCCGGCACUUCCAGAAUCAUAGAGUUGGAAGAGGCCGCAAGAGCCAUCCAAUGCAUACCCCUGCCAUGCAGGAAUACAUAAUCAAAGCACCCCAACAGAUGGCCAUCCGCCCUCAGUUUAAAAACCUCCAAAUAGGGAGACGCCACUACUCAGAGGUAGCAUCUUCCACUGUUGAAAAGCUCUUACUGUUUGGAAGUUCCUCCUAAUGUUGAUUUGGAAUCUCCAUUGCUCCAGGUCCUAUUCUCUUGAGCAGCAGAAAACAAGCUUGCUCCAUCCUCAAUAUGACGCCUCCUCAAAUACUUAAACAGGGCUAUCAUAUCACCUCUGGAUUGUUCACAUAUCACAUCAAUCCAUUGUUUGCAUCAACCAUAGGGUAGAAGUCCAAGCUCAGAGAUCAUUUGUCCUGUAAGAUAAAAAGUGUAGACUGCUUCCCCCAGUUCCAAGGUGGGGUCAGUUGGGCGCACAAGAGCAAUAUAGUAUUCCACUUUUGCAACUAGAGCGUCUACAUCAUCAUUUGAUGUUAGUUUCUUCACUGCAAGACAUUAAAAGGCAUGAGUACCAGGAAAAGCACUGCUUUAUGCAAAGACUUCAGAAUAAAAAACAAAAAAAAGAG